AUGGCAUUAUCUCGUCGAGGUCGUGAUUCUCUUGCCUACGUCAAUUGUGAAGAGAUGAUUGCUAGAACUGGCGUACCGUUGUAUGCACGAAUGAUGCACGAUGAAAAUGGUAGCACAUGUGUAUUGCCUUAUGGACCAUAUGGAAUGGAUUCUAAUCAUGUUCGUUGUCCAACAUAUAUCUACUAUAUUCUUCUUGCAUGA